AUGCGCAAAUUCAUUGAUCGGAGGGAAGAGACACUGAUAUCAGAGGUGAAUUCUGCUUAUGAUGUCAGAAAGAAGCAGAAGGAGGCAAACAAGUACAUCCUUGACCUCCACCGUGCCUCCCUGCAAAGUCCCUGUGACUUUGCCCAGGAACUUAUCACGAAUGGCACUACUCAGAUAUCCUACAGCCCUGGUGAGAUAUAUGUCGCUGGACUGGAAGCCAUGUUAGGACAGGAGACAGUAGAGUCACAACCUCCAUUAGCUGGACUGGUAACAAUUCCAAGAUCAGCACCACAUCCUCCUGUUUUCUUGGAUAAGGCCGAGUGUUUCCAUUCCUUCAAUGCUAAGCUGAAAGGUAAUAGAAAAUUUAACUUUUCUGGGUUGGCCAUAGAUGAGGAAUACGUGUUUGUGGUGGAUAAAGGUAAUGACAAAACAAAAUCGUUCACACACGCUGGCGGGUUUAAAUAUGAAAUUAAACUGCUUCAACCGCAUGGUGUGGCUGUGUCACAAACUGGUCAUCUGUAUAUUACAUCAGUGGGUGACAAAUAUGUACAAGUGUAUUCCACCAGGGGCCAACAGUUGACAACCAUGGGUCAAGGUCAACUGGAGAAGCCAUUUGGUAUUACAUUGGACAGACAAGGUCAUGUGAUGGUUUGUGACAAGGCAAAGAAGGGCAUUUUCACAUUUCAUGCAGAGAAGGGACAGCUCCUGAGCACUAUACCUCUCAGCAUGUGUGAAUGCCCAGUGUACAUCACAGCGAACAGUGUGGAUGAUAACAUUGUGAUAUCAGACUGGGGCAUUGACUGCGUAUAUGUGCUGUCACCUACUGGUGAUCAACUGUACCAGUAUGGCGGGCGUGGUGUUGGUGAGCUGAGAUUGCCACGUGGAGUGUGCACAGACAGCUAUGGUCACAUCUUCAUUGCUGACUGGAACCACAGGAUAGUGGCAUUGAGUCCACAGGGAGAGUUUAUCACAUACAUUGCCACUAAGGAUGAUGGGUUGAAUCAUCCUGUAGCAGUAGCCAUCAACCCUACUGGCCAGCUGGUGGUAGCAGAGGCAGAGGGCAAAGUUAAAACAUUCCAGUACCUACAGUAA